GGAGUAUUUAGGGCGCAUGCGGCGACAGCGGUCUCAGCUCUCGCGAGGUUUCGUCUUCCGGGACUCGCCGGGGGACGUUCUCGGUGAACGGUGUGGCGAUGUGUGGGGACUGUGUGAAGAAGGAGUACCCCAAUCGGGGAAACACCUGUCUGGAGAAUGGAUCGUUCUUACUGAACUUCACAGGCUGUGCGGUGUGCAAUAAGCUGGAUUUUAUGCUGAUCACAAACAGAUCCCUGAAGGAGGAAGAUGGAGAAGAAAUAGUUACCUAUGAUCAUCUGUGUAAGAACUGUCAUCAUGUAGUGGCCAGACAUGAGUACACCUUCAGUAUCAUGGAUGAAUUCCAGGAGUACACCAUGCUGUGUCUGUUGUGUGGCAAAGCUGAAGACACUAUCAGUAUUCUCCCUGACGACCCCCGACAAAUGACUCUGCUGUUCUAAGCUUCCUGCGGGUCUGUUACCACCGUGCUGACUUGGUUCACAAUAUAGCGGGCCUGAUGGCUUGUCUAAGAACGCA